AUGCGUGGUAUUGCACUCCCCGUUGCGUUGGGCCUGGUGCCUUUGGCCUCUGCCGCUCUUUAUGAUACCAUCAUCGAAACCAAAUAUGGCUAUGUUAAGGGAUACCCUGCCUUCAACAGCACCAACACCGGUAAUAUGACGAACUGGAAGGACAUCACUGUCUGGAAAGGUAUCCCAUUCGCUGCUACCACCGGUGGUGAGAACCGCUGGAAGUCUCCUCAGCCCGCUAGUGCCUGGAAUUCGACUUUGGAUGCGCGCGACUGGGGUCCUGUGUGCCCUUCCGCCACUACAGGUAACAACGACUUCACUAUUGACGAGGACUGUUUGAAUCUCAACAUCUGGUCUCCCGCCAAUUCCGUCGAUGCUAAGCUCCCAGUGGUUAUGUGGAGUUACCCGGCAGAAUCGACUGCUGCCGAUCCUCUGUUUGACGGCGGUGGCAUGGCCGACAAGGGUAUUGUCUUCGUCAACUACAACUACCGUACUGGUCCCUUCGGCUGGCUCGCUCACCCUGAGCUCUCUGAGGAGUUCAAGAAGGUUACUGGCUCCAACAGCUCGGGAAAUUGGGGUAUGCUCGACCAAUUCGCCGCUCUAAAGUGGAUCAAGGCAAACAUUGCCGACUUCGGUGGUGACCCCAAUCAUAUCACCGUUCAGGGCCAGUCUGCUGGAUCUGCCGCUACCCAGCACAUUCUGUACAGUCCCCUCACUAAGGGAUUGAUUGUUGGAGCCAUCAUUGAAAGUGGUGUGCGUGACCCUCACGAUCCUCUCUGUACCAGCCUGGCGGAGGCCUACGGCACUCUCGAUACCGCUCUCGAAGAUGGCGUGACUUAUCUGUCAAAUAUCAACGUCUCUAGUAUUGCUGAGGCCCGUAUUUUGACUACGGAGGAGCUUCUGAAUGGUGCCACCGGUACCACCAAAGAGGACACUAUUAUGUUCGAGGCUACCCUUGAUUACUAUGCAAUGCCCGAUACCUACCUCAAUAUAUUAAAGAAAGGUCUCGCCCACGAUGUCCCUGUCAUUACCGGAAACAAUAAAGAUGAGAACGGCGCCACCUACGGUCUCGAGCUCACCCUCGAGGAAUACUACGAGGACCUCAAUGAGACCUACAGCGGUGCUUGGGCCGACCGCUUCCUUGAGCUCUACCCCGCCAACGAAUCCACUGCUGCAGGUGCUUACAACUCUAUGUUCACUGACCGCUCCAAGGUCGGUUUGGAACUACUUCUGGGACCACGCCCCCCUGGUCAGACCUCCGGUGCUUACCACGAGUCUGAGAUCAAUUACGUCUUGAACAAUCUAUACGCCACUACUGACCUGCCGUGGAAGGCUGAGGACUACGAGAUUGCCAAAAAAAUGAACGACUACUGGGCCAACUUCAUCAAGACUGGUAAUCCCAAUGGCGCUGAUACCACUGUUGCUUGGCCCGCAGUCAGCUCCAAGAAGCAGGUCCAGCACGUCGGUGAUGGUUGGGGCCAGAUUCCUAUUGCUUGGAGCAAGAAGGUUACUCUUUUCAAAGAGUGGUUCGCUACUCUUGUAGCUUACUAG